GUGGGAGGAAGACUAUAGCCUGAGCCCUCUGUUUCUGUUGACAAAGUACAUAGCGCCUGGAGUACGCGAUCGCAUAUCGAGCUGAUGAUGGAUAAUGAGCUCUAGGUAAUAGAGUGGGUGAAAACCUAUUACGGCAUGUAGUCUAUGAGAAUCUGGUGAGAAAGGGAGGAGGAGGAGGAGGUUGAGAUGCGGUUGCCGAUGUGGUUGCGGGUGGUGUUUUAGGCAGGCACGGAGCAUUGGCCAGGCAGGUAGGGGUGCACUGCGUUAAGUGUGCCACUGGGACGAAAGAACGAACAGUGCGACUGCUCCAUGAUUCACCCUGACCUUUGCCUUCUUCUUUUCACAACUCCUCAACACUCUUCACCAUGAGAUUCUUACCUACACCAACAAUUCCCGAGGCUGAUCUGUAUUUGAUCGCGGAUGAAUAAUACCAAGCUCCUUUUACGUCCAACUUCCAUGAACGCCUCUCUUAUUCUGGACUUCCACUUUAGCCAACCUGUUGUUCGCGUCUAAGUGUCAAUAAUGUCAACUUUCGACGGCAUCAUAUCUGAAUUCCCAGAUAUUAGAAUUGACUUCUUCCGGCGCAAUGCCGGUGCACAACCGCCACUUGCUUGUUUUCUAAGUCAUGUUCACAGCGACCACUUGGCCGGGAUUGAAAGCCUGCGAUCUCCAUUUGUCUACUGCUCAGCAGCCACCAAAGAGAUCCUUCUUCGUCUUGAACGAUAUCCUUGUCGCAUCAACUAUGCUAAGGGGGUGCUAGAAUCAAGACUGCAAACCUUCAAGCAUCUCCGCAAAGUUUUGAAACCCUUGCCUUUAGAAACUCCUACAUCGAUCGAGCUUUGCCCGGGUCGUGAGAUCCAGGUAACUCUUUUUGAUGCCAACCAUUGCCCUGGGGCGGUGAUGUUCUUGGUCGAAGGGGAUAAGAAAGCGAUUCUAUACACAGGAGAUAUUCGGAGCGAGCCUUGGUUCGUAAACGCUAUAUCCCGGAAUCCGAAUCUAAUUGAGUACACGUCUGGCAUCAAGACCCUCGACAAAAUAUAUCUUGACACGUCUUUCACUGAGAAAGUGCCUUUUCAGACAAAAGCCCAAGGCAUCGCUGAAUUGUUGCGAAAGGUUUCCCAAUACCCUAGUGAUACCAUCUUCCACUUACAAGCCUGGACCUACGGAUAUGAAGACGUCUGGCUCGCCUUAUCUAAGGCUUUAAAAUCCAAAAUUCAUGUCGACGAUUACAAACUCCGAAUCUAUGGUUCUCUCAAAUCAAAAACCCCUGACUCGAGAUUUGAGACGGACAUUCAUCUGACUCCAGAGUCACCGGCUCUGACUGGCCACACGUGUGGCAACACGCCACACCCAGGGUGCUUAACGUCAGAAGAAAAUGUCCGCUUACACAGUUGUGAAAAGGGGAACUUAUGCGAAGUGGCUCAAAGACCUACCACUAUAUCUAUUCAACCUAUCGUUGCGCACCUGCCUACAGGAGAGGACUUGGCCGAAGUUGGCGUUGGCGGUGGCGGAGUUGAUCUUCAACGAGAAGCCGAGUUGGAAUUUCUGGACCAAGCUAGCCUGGCCACCCUGUUUAAUACAUUCCUUUCUUCAUCUAUCUCUUCAACCGACAUGCCAGAUAUACUCGAAGAGACCUUGAAGAAGAUAGCCUCCACCGGUCGCAACAUUCCACUGGACUGGGACAUCAACACCUUGAACGCUCACUCUGCUGAAGAAGUUAUCAUGAUGCUGGUGGAGAAAAUGAGAAAGAAUCCCAAAAACCAUAAGCAGCGUGACGAGUGCAGUCUCCCAAGAACGAUUUACUUUCCAUACUCGAGGCAUUCUUCGUUACCGGAACUCCGCCACUUCGUCAAAGCUUUCCGGCCACUAGACGUGUGGCCAUGCACUGUCAAUAACGCUGAGUGGCUAAAGAAUGGGAUUACUAUUGGGGGCCUAUUUGGGCCAUUAUGUUCCUGUGAAUUAUUUGAACAUGAUUUGGUGAUGCAGGAUUUUGCUGCCAAACACACAUCAGAUGACGGACGCCGGCAACAUGGCAGCCAGACAACGAUCGGAUCCGACUCCAUCCCAAGCUCACCAGUCCGUGAGUCGCAGGGUGUAAGUCAGAAACGCCCUAUCAAUAUAAACAAUCGAUUCGUGAGCCCCUUAUUGGAUACGCAAGCGAGUAUUCGUCAUGGACGCAUUGCCUCGGGAGUGGGAUGCCCAGAGGAGAACCUGGAAGCGUCAUCCGAAAACUCUACUCAACAGUCGCUCGUAGUCCCUACCACCGAGCAAGCAGAGGACAUGCAUCCGGAACCACUGAUAAAUAACUCAUCCAAUUCGCCAGCACCUGUUUCUUGCCGCCGCAAACGUACCAUUUCUUUUACUUCAAAAAGUGAAAAUGGCAGUAACAGGCAACAAAGGCGCCAAACUCCUGAAGAAACGUUGCCCCUGACAUUAUCAGACGAGGCCUCAAUUGGUCGCCAGGAUGCAUAUUGGCAUAUGGUUGAUUACAUGGACAAGGGUACUUGGGGAUCGUUCCAGCUUAUAUCUACGAGCAACGAGUAUACAGUCAAUGAAUCGGAACUGUGA